AGACGCUGUAAGGGAAUUCCGGGGCCGUGCGCGCUGACGUAAGGCAGCCCGAGGGGCGGCGCUGAGGAGAGGAGAGGAGAAAGAGAGCCUGCGAGUCCCUUCAAAAAACUCCCUGCUCACCGCAACUCGAUCCCUGUCUUAACUCACAGACACAGCUCUGUGCUCGCUAUAGAGAGCGGAGACUUACCCAGCAACAACAUUACAUAUCAGCAGCACGCCCUCUGCGGAGAGACACAACAGACUUGGCUUUUAAACCGAAGGAUUUAGGAAAAUAAACGAUUUUGCGGAUUACUACUGUUGUUAUUCAGCCGGGUCGGACUGGUAACUGUUAUACGCCAAGGAGAAGUUGCGGAUAAACUGCGCCCGCGACACUCACGGAUCCUGUCUAACUUUUGGGAGCGCUAGUGGAGACGCAAGCUGAACGAGUUUUACUACUAAAGUUGACAGGAGUAGCAGUAAACAGCUUCUCCGUCGUGUUGGUGAGUGGCCCUCUCUGUUUUGCAGUGGAGGGCUUCACACUCACAGCUAGUGUGGCUGGAUGCAUCACACAGCAGAACAGUUCGCCGGGUGCAGCACACGGGACCCUUUUCCUCUGGACGGACUCAACCGGGGACCAUGGGCUCCUGUGGGCAGCCGCGCCUGGCCACCUCCCUCCAGGUGCUUACCAGGUGUCAAUCAGCACCAGUUCCUCCCCCAUAUGCCACCCAGUCACAUGACUGGGCUAAAUCAUUCUAGUAAAUUUUUAAACAAUGGUCCCUUACAUCGAGGAGAUAAGCAAGACCUGUCUCAGGCUUUGUUGCCAGGAUUGCAAAGGAUGCCCCCUGCUCCUCCCAAGCCUUGGGAACCAACCAGAACUGGCCAGGGAUAUGAGCCAUUGCCUGUUGAUAACCACAACCGACUGCACAAUGGCUACAAUGCAGGACCUCCUGCACACCUCACAGCUCGAGCCAGUCAGCUACUGAAGUAUGGUGCGCCUCAUCCUCAGCUCCUAGCCCAUGUCUCACGGCCCAUGCCUCCAUUACCUGAUAUAUGGACUCAACCUCAGACUCAGCAGCAACCCAGGGGACCUCACUCUCAUUCUGGACAGUUAAAACGGCCUGGGCCCCUACUGGGAGAGCACUCUGUCAUUCAGCAUACCCCUGAUCCAUCUCUGCACUGGCCCAUGGAGGACUGCCCCAGUCCGAGCAAGAGAAAGAAGAGCUCUGGGUCUGAACAGAUGACUCCUUCAGCCAUGCAGCGCAUAUCUGGGCUGCCUGUACAUUUGAAACAGCAGCCAUCCUCCAUCUACCCCCUACCCAAACCUGGCUUUUGGAACCCAUUGCACAAAGGAGGAGCACCUUGGAACCUGAAUGAACACAAAAGCAGACCCAUCGAUUUCCAGGAUUCAGCUAAGUCAGGAAUUGAAAAUUUCACCUAUAAACCGCCUCCCUUGAAUCCAUCAACCAUGUCUUCACCCACCAUUUCUGCCAUAAGAGGCUACGAAGAAAGCAGGGGUCCUCCACCACAGUCCCACAAGACUGCUCUGUCACCACAGUCUCUGGGACCACCUUCACAGAACCUUCACAUCCAUCAUUCUCCAUACCCCUACCCCAACAACAGACCUUCAGCUCAGACACAAGGGGAACCACGUGGUACUACUCCACAAAGAGGACAUGGUUCUGGAGUGAGUUCUUUGGAUAACCAGGCUCCACCACCACAUACAUCCUCAUCAUCACCACGGGCAGAUGGGGUGCGCCCUGCACCAUCACCAGCAAACAACACCUCUGUGCCUUACAGUCACCCCCAAUUCCAGCCUCACCCAGGGCUGGUCCUUUCCAGCCCACCAGCCAGCAACCAGGCCCAGGCCACAGUACCUCAGCACAACCCCCAUAAACCCUGGAGGAAUCAGGAAUCACGUGACUUUUCAGCAAGAGGGGAUUCUCAGGUUGCCGCACGCCUUUCUCAGGCACCGAAUAGGUUUGCUGGGGCCAAACAGGGUCCAGGGACCCACCAGCGUGUGAGCCCUCCUCAGGCCCCUGCUCGAAAACCUGUCAUUACCCCAAACCUAGAAACUCCUUGCUCUCUAAAACUAUACACCAAUGUUGGAAGCAUUCCUGCCUUGAGCUCAGCACCCUCUACCACCUCCUCCAUUCCUAGCUCCCUGAGCAGUUGGAGAGCGACAGAUUCUUCAGUGCUAGUCUCAAACCCAAACCAUGUAUCCAUGAUUGGUCAAAAUCUAACACAUAUAGGGUAUCAGGGUGUCCACCCUGGUGUUGGAACCCUUCCAAAACAGUUGGGUAGACCCAACUACACCCCAGUGUCCUCUUCUCCCUCCAACCUAAACUCAGGACUUCAGAGAUCAGGGGAGAGCGUCAUCACCAGCAAGACUUAUAACACUCUCCCUCAAGUCAGUUCACCUUUACAUUGCCCUCAGCUUCCAGAACACAUAAAAGUCAACUCAGCCCUACAGGCAAUUUCUUGUAAUUCAUACAGCUCAUCACCCAUCCAAGCUUCCUCCUCAAUUUCUCAGGCAACUACUACUGUUCCAGCCCCAGUCUACCCAAGGUCCUGUUUACAGCCUGCUGCCCUAAGCUCUCAGUCCAUUGCUGAUGCUUUAAAUAAACUUGAUGCAGAGCUGCAAGGCCACAUGCAAGCAGAAGAGCGGAGGAGAGACCAGAAUGAAGAGAGGAAACGGAAUGUAGAACGACAAGAAGUGGAGACAAAGCCACCCAGUGAGUCUACUAUCAAGAGUCUGGAACAUUUGGUGUCAGGUAGUGCAGCUGAGCCUCCACCUCCUCGUUUGUCACCAACCAAUGCACUCUCCUCCGUCUCACUUCCUAGCCAGAAUUCACCACCUUAUCCCUGGUUGAGUCGAGGAGGAGUGCCCCCACGUCUUUCUGGAACUCCAGCAAACGUUUUGGAACGGUCACAACCACCUCCUCUUACCCCCCAGACAGAAUAUGCCCGUGAGAAGCAAAGGCAGAGAGAGAAAUGGAAGAAUGGAGCACCAUCUCAGAAUUCCACUGGGAAUCCCACAUACCCCUCAGAUUCGGGUCUCAUCAGCCCCUCCGAAAACCAUAGCCACACCAUGAAAUUGAAGCCUGAUCCAUACAAAGAUGUCACCAUGUUGAAAACCUCUCAUAAUGCUGAGAUUAUAGACACUAUUCCCAACCCUCCACCUCUGCGCGAGCCACCCAAACUUUACCAGGCUUUCCCCAAGGAUAUUCGUUCUUCAUGCACGCCUAUCAGCACGACUAUAAGCAGCCUUCAAAAACGUAUGCCCAGUACAGGACUUGGUAGUCUGGGUAGCAGUGCUAGAAGUUGCAGUGGUGACUCUGAUGGUGCCCAAUUUGAGGAGGAAACUUCUGAGCUUUUGCCUGAUGGAUUGGCUAAUAUUAUAAAGAUGCUGGAUGAGUCCAUCAAGAAAGAGGAGGAGCUAUAUUCUGGUCAGAGUGGAGAACAGGCAGUACCGGAACCUCCAUUUUCUACUAACGUGGUACCUAUGAAGAGUUAUGUAUGUGCACCAGACCUCAUGCCUGCCCUUAAGCAAUCUCCAAUUGAGGAUUAUCAGCCAAUUGGCCAUGCAAGCCCACCUGUGUUAAGUCGGCAAGGUUCGCUGGCAUCUCCUUGUAGCCGUACUUCACUUGAGGAAGAAGAGGAGGUUCUUAAGGUCAUUCCCAAGCCUGCCAAUUCCAUUUACAUGCAGUCUCAAGAAAGCAGUCUUGCCACAACAGGAACCAACUAUCGCCAUAGUGACCUGGCCAAGCUGUAUGGCCUUCCAGAGUUAGAGAAAAGUGAGUGUGAGGAUGAUGAAGAAGAAGCGGAUCGGGAAGAUGAAACUCCAUCCUGUUCACCACCACAGCGGCCACAUCUCCAUCAGACAGGUGUGAACAGCAUGUUUAAAAACCUUGUAUCUGUACUUGAGAGCCAGAAGUACACCUACCGAGGUGGGCCCUUUGGUCGUCCUCCUCCCUCUGCUUUUAUGGGAGUGAAGUACUCUUCAUCUCUUUCACUGGAGCCUGACAUUUGCAGACAACAACAAAGCACUUCUCCUACAUCAGGUUCAGCCAAUCACCCAGGUUUCAGCAGUCCAACACAAACCCCUGCCAUUAGCAGCUCAGGUCAGCCUCGUCCCCUCUCACCUACAGAUUGGGCAUCGGAGAGGAAGAGAGGGGAUAACACAAGCCAGUCAGAUCUUUUGGGCAAUGAUGAUGAGGAAGACAUUUCAUACGAACCCACAGGACAAAAGGAUUCUGGAACUGUGAAAGACUUGUUGGAAAAACGACCAAAGCUGACCACCAUCUCAGAGUCUUCCCUAGCGGAGCUUGGUCAUAGCUAUGAGGUGAACAAACAUAUACUCCUUUAUAAAGACCACUCAAAGGCAGAGUCACAGGAGACAUGCAAACCUGAUAAAGAAAAGGACCGAGAACGAGAGAGGAAACACAAAAACAGUGGCAGUAGCAAAAAACAUGAGGACAGGAAAGAGAGAAAGAAAAAGCACAGAGAAAGACACGAGGAUGCGUCUCUUUCCUCAUCCUCAUCUUCCAGCUCCAGUCGACGGCACAGGGAGGGAAAGUCACACAAAGAAAAAAAGAGCCGGCAGGUACUGGGUAACCUGUACCUUCAGAGUAAGGAGUUUAGGGAGAUGGAACAAGAGCAUGACGGAGACAAAAAGAGAAGGAAAGAGGAAUGUAGCCGACCCCAGAGUGAAAGAGAAGAAUGGGCACGGAGUAAAGACAAGGGCACCAGCUCAGGACGUUCCUCUGAUCUCCCAUCAGCUUCUUCAGCAUUAUGUUCUGAUGACUUUCAGAAACUGAAAGCACUGACAGAUGGGCCACCCAAAGAACUGAAGAUACGCCUCAUAAAGGUAGAGAGUGGGGACAGGGAGACAUUUAUUGCUUCAGAGGUAGAGGAGAGAAGGAUUCCUUUGGAGGAAAUCACCAUAAAGAACACAGCUAGUGAAAUCGUCAGAGCCUGCAAGGGAGCUCGCUUGAAGGGGAAAUUUAAGGAGUCGUACCUCCUACCUGCCCUCUCUGUUAAACCAGUUUUGACCACAGAACAGCCCAUCCCUCGAGAGAAACUCAACCCCCCCACACCUAGCAUCUACUUGGAAAGUAAAAGAGAUGCAUUAUCUCCGGUCCUGCUGCAGUUUUGCACAGAUUCUAAGAACCCCAUUACUGUCAUCCGGGGACUAGCUGGCUCCCUCAGAUUAAAUCUUGGUCUGUUUUCCACUAAAUCUUUGGUGGAGGCAAAUGGGGAGCAUGCAGUAGAGGUCAGGACCCAGGUCCAGCAGCCAGCUGAUGAGAACUGGGAUCCCAGCGGCACUGGCCAGACCUGGCCCUGCGAGAGCAGCAGGUCGCAUACAACAAUUGCCAAGUAUGCCCAGUACCAGGCCUCCAGCUUCCAAGAGAGCUUGCAGGAAGAGAAGGGUAGUGACAACGAGGAGGAGGAUGAUGAUGAUGAUGAUGAUGAUGAGAAAUUGGCCACCAACUCUGAGAAUCCAACCAGUAACUCCUCAGCUCCCAGCUCCAGUUCAGAGCAGAAACCUGUGGGGAAGAUAAUCAAAUUUGGCACCAACAUUGACCUAUCCGAUCACAAAAGAUGGAAGCCUCAGCUGCAGGAACUGCAGAAAUUGCCGGCAUUUAUGCGUGUGUCCUCCAGUGGGAAUAUGCUGAGUCAUGUUGGCCACACCAUUUUGGGAAUGAAUACAGUACAACUCUACAUGAAAAUCCCUGGCUGCCGCACACCAGGACACCAGGAGAACAAUAACUUCUGUUCUCUAAACAUCAAUAUUGGGCCUGGAGACUGCGAGUGGUUUGCUGUCCAUGACAACUACUGGGAGGCCAUCAGUGAUUUCUGUGAAAAACAUGGCGUCGAUUACCUGACAGGAUCAUGGUGGCCGGUUCUGGAUGACUUGUACCGCGCUAACAUCCCCGUGUACCGGUUCAUCCAAAGGCCAGGAGAUCUGGUAUGGAUCAAUGCAGGCACUGUACACUGGGUUCAGGCCGUGGGCUGGUGCAACAACAUUGCUUGGAAUGUGGGACCUGUCAACUCUUAUCAGUACCAGUUGGCUUUAGAGAGAUUUGAGUGGAACGAAGUGAAGAAAGUCAAAUCCAUCGUUCCCAUGAUUCACGUAUCCUGGAACGUGGCAAGCAACGUCACAGUCACUGACCCAGACACUUACAAGAUGAUCAAACACUGUCUCCUCCAGUCUAUUAAGCACAUUCAGAUUCUGAGGGACCAGCUGGUGGCAACAGGAAAGAAGAUCUCCUACCAGAGCAGAGUGAAGGAUGAGCCGGCCUACUACUGUAACGAGUGUGAUGUGGAGGUGUUUGACCUGCUGUUUGUGACCAGUGAGAAUGGCAGUCGGAAGAUGUAUGUGGUGCACUGUGAGGACUGUGCACGACAGCGCAACCCAAACCUCUCCAGUGUAGUAGUGCUGGAGCAAUACCGCAUGGAGGAGCUCAUGAACGUGUACGACUCUUUCAGCCUGGCUACCGGUUCCAGCUCCCAAUGAGGACGUCUCAUCCCUUUCCCUCACACAGCCAUAACCAAAACUCCUGCUCGCAGGACAAGAUCUUUUAUUUUAGUCCAAUUAAAACAUUUA